AUGUCCAAGGCAGCCCAGAAGGCCAGAGAGCAAAUCGUGCGCCUGCUCAUUCCAGCUGGGAAAGCUGCACCAACCCCUCCAGUAGGCCCUGCGCUUGGUGCACGCGGUGUCAAGUCAAUGGACUUUUGCAAGGAAUUCAACGCUAGAACUGCACACAUAGAACCAGGAGUCCCCACGCCGACUCUCAUUCGAGUUCAACCCGAUCGUACCUUCACUUUUGUCACCAAGACUCCCCCAGUGUCGUAUUUCCUCAAAAAAACGACGGGCAUCGAGAAAGGAACUGGUCGACCCGGCCAUGAUAUCAUAGGGACAAUCACUCUCAAGCAUGUGUAUGAGAUUGCGAAGAUAAAAUCCGCAGAUGAGCAUAUGAAGAGUUUGCCACUGGAGUCGAUCGCCAGAAUGAUUGUUGGGAGCGCGAGGAGCUUGGGCAUUCAGGUAGUUCCAUAAUUCGACAUUCUCCUUACCGUCAGUCCCGGUCUACAUCAUGUAAAUUUGUGGCGAUUUCGCAAUUGUGGAAGCAAAUAAGGGUUGCAACUAUCUCCGAAUUUCGAAUCGUGUGUAUACUCCUGACCCGAGAGUGGCAUCUGUGCCCAGGCGGCAAUCAUCAGCGGACUUCCCCA